AUCUCCGCUGAGUCUGCUCUUCAAUGUCUAUAUCCCAGUGUCCCGUCUCCGUCUCGUCAUCAUCAUGAUCAUUUUCACUAUAUAAUUCGAGUUGCGGAAAACCUGGACCGAGAGGCUCGCGCUCUUCCUCCCUGCCUUGAGCGUGAAUUCGGGCGAAUUCUAAAUCUAUUUUUAAGUUUUGGGAAAUCUGGGUGGGAUUUUUCAUUUCCUCGGGAAAGUUGUAUCAUUUCUCGGCCGGAGAGUUUGGGAAGUGAGGUCGGAGUUUUCCCGGGAAUUGGUUUUGCGGAGGGAAGAUGUGGGGGUUUGGGGGUAGGUUCUAUUGGGGGAGGAAGGAAGGUGGGAAAAUCGAAGGAAUAGUGGUGGUGUUCGCGUGGAUGUCGAGUCAGGAGAAGCAUCUGAAGAAUUAUGUCCAACUCUAUUCUUCCCUCGGCUGGAACUCCCUCGUUUGCCAUUCGCAGUUUCUCAACUCGUUCUUCCCUGAAAAGGCCACAUCACUAGCAUUUGAUAUUCUGACUGAACUUGUUGAGGAGCUAAAGAUUAGGCCAUGUCCUGUUGUCUUUGUAUCGUUUUCUGGUGGUCCAAAAGCUUGUAUGUAUAAUGUUCUUCAGAUAAUUGAAGGAAAAUGUGGGGCGCAAUGCAGUCUGGAUAAUUAUCAACUUGUUAAAGACUGCAUUUCUGGUUACAUUUAUGAUUCCAGUCCGGUAGAUUUUACCAGUGACUUGGGUACGAAAUUUAUCCUUCACCCGACCAUUCUCAAAGUGUCCCAUCCACCAAGAUUUGCAUUGUGGAUAGCAAAUAGCAUUGCUUCAUGUUUAGAUGCUCUCUUCCUCAACAGUUUUGAAUCACAGCGUGCUGAGUACUGGCAGACACUCUACUCAUCUGCUAGAAUGGGGGCCCCAUAUUUGAUUUUAUGCUCAGAAAAUGAUGAUCUUGCUUCCUAUAAAACUAUAUGCACUUUUGCUCAACGACUACAAGACCUUGGGGCCAAUGUUAAAGUAGUGAAAUGGAAUGAUUCUCCUCAUGUAGGUCACUAUCGGAUUUAUCCAAUUGACUACAAGGCUGCUGUGACUGAGCUACUGGGAAAGGCAUCUGUGAUUUAUUUGCGAAGGAUAAAACAACUUGGAGGUGAUAGAAUGCACUUCAAUGGGAUGCAAGACAAAAUAUCCAAUUCAAUGUGUAAUCCAAGAAAAUCAAUGGAAAGAUCAAGUCACAGUUUUCAGGGUUUGGCUGUGGAACCAAGAGACCAGUUUCUUUUACCCGAUUCCAUGAAUUAUCUGGAGGGUAGAGAUGUUGAGUCUUUGCAAGAUGAACAGAAAGAAGGUUUGAUCCAUUUUCCUAGCACUCCAAGCAUCAAUGCUCAUGGGGUCCUUGGUCAAAUUCUUUUUGAUGUUUGUGUUCCGAAGAAUGUGGAAGGUUGGGAGAUGAGGCGGUCAGAGUCGUCAGACAACUUGAAUGGGCCUCCCUUUAUUUCUUCACAGAGACAGUCACCUUUUAAUCCUAUUAAAUGCAUUAGAUCAAGAUUAUAAAUCUUUCAUUACAGAAAUUUUUACCAAAGUUUGGACGCAAAUUUUCUGAAUUAAAGAUGCCAUGAAAAGCAAGGAUUGGGUUCCUAGGAUUUAGUUUGGACUGGAAGGUGCCACAAACAGUAAUGUUCGACUCAAAGCGAAUGAGUUAUCUGAGUUAAUAAAGACGGUGGUACAAGAUCAUUGGUAUGAGGCUUAAUAAUUUGUUUCUCAACGGGCUAAGGAUUUACCACGGAUUUGAAAGUCAGGGUUCCAAAUAUGCAUAAUAUGUGAUAUUGGGUCCAUGUUAAUUGGUCAUUUAUUUCCAGACCCAUGAUUAGUCAUCAAGAGUGCAUGUGAGAUCUCGUGGAUUUGUGUCUUGGAUUUGCAUUCAUGAACAUAUGAAAUUGUCAGUACAGUAUUGCUCCAUGUAACUUUUCAAAUAAUUGUCCUUUUCUUUUGA